AUGAGUGAUCUACCAAUUGACUUCACGGAGCUGGUAGACUUGACGUCGAUUGGGAUUUCCCCCCAAUCCCUCGACUUCAGAUCGACCACGUUCGAAAGUGACCGGUUUGUCACGGUCAGAGAGACCAACAACGGCACGAACUCAGUGGCAAUCGUGGACCUACAAAAUGGGAAUCAGGUCAACCGCAAGAAUAUGGGCGGUGACUCUGCUAUCAUGCACCCUACGCAGAAUGUUAUUUCCGUGAGAGCGCAGGGCACGGUGGUGCAGAUCUUCAACCUCGAUACCAAGACCAAGUUAAAGUCGUUCACGCUGGAGGAGCCCGUGCUGUUCUGGAAGUGGCUCAACAACGACACCCUGGGGUUCGUCAGCGCAAACUCGUUGUAUAUCUCGAAUGUGUUCGAUGGAGACACCACCAGACAGCCCACAAGACUUACCCAAAGACACGCAAAUUUGAGUAACGCGCAAAUCAUCAACUUCAUCGCAAACGCACGACUCGACUGGUUUGCUGUGGUUGGUAUCAUUCAAGAAGAAGGCCGCAUUGCGGGCAAAAUCCAACUUUUCUCCAAGGCCCGCGGCAUUUCGCAAGCUAUCGAGGGCCAUGUCGCCAUUUUUUCCAAGAUUUUGCUCGAGGGCAACUCCAGUCCAGUCCAAGUCUUUGUGACCGGUAACAAGACCGCCUCCGGCACGGGUGAACUGCGGAUCAUUGAAAUCGACCACAACGCUGCCAAUCCCGUAGCUUAUCAAAAGAAAAACGUCGACAUCUUCUUCCCACCAGACGCCGUUAACGACUUCCCUAUUUCUGUCCAAGUUUCCGAGAAAUAUGGCGUGGUUUACGUCUUGACUAAGCACGGUUUCAUUCACCUGUAUGAACUGGAAACAGGUGCAAAUCUGUUUGUCAACAGAAUCACUGUCGAACCGGUGUUCACCGCUACGACGUAUGACGAAAAGAAUGGUAUCGCAUGUAUCAAUCGCAAGGGUCAAGUGCUGGCGGUCGAGAUAUCAAAGGAGCAGAUUGUUCCUUAUGUACUUGAGAAACUUUCAAAUGUGUCACUGGCAUUGACAAUGGCCUCUAGAGGUGGCUUGCCCGGCGCUGAUGAUCUGUUUACCAAACAAUUCGACUCUUUGUUAGCUUCUGGUGAUUAUCAGAAUGCGGCUAAGGUCGCGGCCUCUUCACAACAGCUGCGUACUCAGACGACCAUCAACAGACUCAAAAACAUCCAAGCUGCUCCUGGUGCCAUCUCUCCAAUUUUGCUUUACUUCUCCACUCUAUUGGACAAGGGAAAGUUGAACAAGUACGAGACCAUAGAAUUGGCCAAGCCUGUUUUGCAACAAGACCGGAAACAACUUUUUGAGAAAUGGCUGAAAGAAGACAAGCUCGAAUGUUCCGAAGAGCUCGGUGACGUCGUCAAGCCGUUCGAUACAACACUGGCCCUCGCAUGUUACCUGAGAGCCGAAGUACAUUCCAAGGUAAUUACGUGCUUGGCCGAGCUUCAACAGUAUGACAAGAUCUUGCCCUACGCUCAAAAAGUGGGCCACCAGCCCAACUAUGUGAUCUUGAUCUCCAACUUAUUGCGGUCGUCGCCUGACAAGGCCGCAGAGUUUGCCACGAGCCUUCUACAGUCGCAGGAAACUGCGUCAGAGCUGGAUGUCGAAAAGAUUGCUGACAUCUUUUUCAAUCGGAACUUUGUUCAACAGGGUACCUCUUUCCUCUUGGACGCGCUGAAGGGCGACACUCCAGAUCAGGGUCAUUUACAGACUCGUGUCUUAGAAGUAAAUUUGCUUCAUGCUCCACAAGUUGCAGAUGCUAUUUUGGGCAAUUCGAUUUUCAGUCAUUACGAUAAACCCACCAUUGCGUCCCUUGCAGAGAAGGCAGGCCUUUAUCAAAGAGCUCUCGAGAACAGUACUGAUAUUAAAGAUAUCAAGCGUUGUAUCGUUCAUUGCAGCUCCAUACCCGCAGACUGGCUUGUCAAUUUUUUCGGAAAGAUCAACGUGGAACAAAGUCUGUCUUGUCUAAAAGCUCUCUUAGAUGAUAAUUUGCAAGGAAAUCUACCUAUUGUCAUUCAAGUCGCGACAAAGUAUUCAGACUUGUUGGGCUCUGAAGUUCUUAUUAAACUGUUCGAGGAUUAUAGAGCUACAGAGGGCUUGUACUACUACCUAGCUUCUUUGGUGAAUUUGACCGAAGAUAAAGACGUUGUGUUCAAGUUUAUUCAGGCUGCAGCAAAAAUGGGUCAAUACAAAGAAGUCGAGAGGGUUGUCAGAAGCAACAACGUUUACGAUCCUGAGCGGGUGAAAAAUCUGUUGAAAGAUUUGAGACUUCCUGACCAAAUGCCGCUGGUCAUUGUCGCCGAUCGCUUUGGCUUCAUUCAUGAUCUGGUGCUAUACCUUUACAAGGCUCAAGAUUUUAAGUUUAUUGAGGUGUACGUUCAGCAGGUAAACCCCUCCAAAACACCACAAGUUGUUGCAGCCUUGCUGGAUGUUGAUUGUGAUGAAAAAGCCAUUCAAAACCUGUUGAUGUCCGUUCUGGGCCAAGUUCCUAUUGGCGAGCUCACCAAGGAAGUCGAGAAAAGAAACCGACUCAAGAUCUUACUACCAUUUUUGGAGGAGACAUUGCGUCAAGGAGCUCAGGACCAAGCUGUUUACAAUACACUGGCUAAAAUCUACAUCGACUCGAACAACUCACCCGAAACCUUUUUGAGAGAAAACAAUGAAUACGACACGCUGGAUGUCGGCCAUUACUGUGAGAAGAGAGACCCAUUCCUUGCUUACAUUGCUUACGAGAAAGGUUCCAAUGAUGAAGAUCUCAUCAGAAUUACAAACGAGAAUAGCAUGUACAAGUACCAGGCGAGAUAUCUAUUAAAAAGGUCCGAUCUUCACUUGUGGAAUACGGUGUUGAGCAAUGAAAACAUGCAUAGGCGUCAACUAAUAGACGCUGUUGUGGGAGCAGGCAUUGGCGAAUUGACCGAUCCUGAGCUGGUUUCCAUGACUGUGCAAGCUUUCAUGAGCAACAACUUGAAAGGUGAAUUGAUUAGCUUGCUGGAGAAAAUUAUCUUAGAGCCUUCACCAUUUAACGACAAUCCAGCUCUUCAAGGCUUAUUAAUGCUAUCAGCUAUAAGGUAUGACCAAUCAAAGGUAGCCGAUUACAUCGAGAAGCUUGAGGGGUACGACGUUGAUGAGAUCGCUCCUAUGUGCGUGGAGAACGGUUUGAACGAGGAGGCUUUCCAAAUAUACAACAAAAACGAGAAGUAUAGCAAAGCUCUCCAAGUGCUGGUCGAGGAUAUCAUGUCCUUGGAUCGCGCUGAAGCCUAUGUUGAGAAGAUGAACCAGCCUGAACUAUGGCCUCAGCUUGGUGCUGCUCAACUAGUGGGGCUAAGAAUUCCCGAGGCCAUUGACUCGUAUAUCAAGGCCAAUGAUCCAUCCAAUUAUGAGAACGUUAUUGAUGUCGCUGAACAAGCUGAGAAGUACAAAGAGCUGAUCCCGUAUCUAUUGAUGGCUCGUUCGUCUUUGAAGGAGGUCAAAAUAGACAACGCUUUGAUUCUUGCGUAUGCUGAAUUGAACAGGUUGCAUGAAAUUGAAAACUUGCUGAACACAUCUACUGUUGCGGACUUGGACUCUGUUGGUGUUGAACUUUCUGAAAGAAAGAACUUCAAAGCAGCCAAACUAUGCUUUUCUGCCGUUUCCAACUACUCGAAAUUGGCCACCACCCUUGUUUAUCUAGAGGAAUACCAGGCUGCAGUCGAUACAGCAAGAAAGGCCUCUAAUGUCAGAGUAUGGAAAGAAGUCAGUGACGCCUGUGUGGACAACACAGAAUUCAGACUUGCUCAAAUUUGUGGUCUUAAUCUCAUUGUCCAUGCUGAGGAGUUAGACGAGUUGGUGGAGAAAUACGAGUCUCAUGGCUAUUUUGAAGAACUCAUCUCACUCUUCGAAGCUGGUCUUGGUCUAGAAAGAGCUCACAUGGGAAUGUUUACGGAAUUGGCUGUCUUGUACACCAAGUACGAUUUCCGCAAGACCUAUGAACAUCUCAAGCUUUUCUGGUCCAGAAUUAAUAUUCCUAAAGUGAUCAGAGCAGUUGAGGGAGCACAUUUGUGGAGAGAACUAAUCUUUCUAUAUGCUCAUUAUGACGAAUGGGACAAUGCAGCCCUCACCAUGAUUGAAAAAUCGGCCAAUGACUUUGAUCACUCAUACUUCAAAGAGAUUAUUGUCAAGGUAUCAAACCUCGAAAUUUACUACAAGGCCAUCAAUUUCUAUGUCAAAGAGCACCCCUCUUUACUCAUUGAUCUGAUGACCGUUCUAACAUCGAGAUUGGAUAUCCCAAGAACUAUUCGUAUUUUCACCAAGUCAGAUAACUUACCGCUCAUCAAACCGUUUUUGGUCAAUGUUCUGCCAACAAACAACUCGGUUGUUAACCAGGCCUACCACGACCUCAUGAUCGAAGAAGAGGACUACAAGGCUCUCCAGGAUGCUGUUGACUCGUAUGAGAAGUUUGACCAGCUGGAACUGGCUGGUCGUCUGGAAAAGCACGAUCUUAUUUUCUUCAAAAAGAUUGCUGCCCAGCUUUACCGCAGGAACAAGAAGUGGGCCAAAAGUUUGGCCAUUUACAAAGAAGAAAAGCUUUGGUCUGAUGCCAUUCAGACCGCGGCGAUUUCUCAGAGCACCGAAGUUGCUGAGGAGCUACUUGGCUAUUUUGUUGAAACUGACAACAGGGAAGCCUUUGUUGCACUGCUAUACACCGCAUACCACUUGAUAAGAUACGAUGUUGUUUUGGAAUUGGCCUGGUUGAACUCUUUGGGCGAUCUCAUCAAACCGUAUGAAAUCUCUGUUAAGAAGGAGCAAUUCGUUACUGCUCAAAAGUUGCUAGAAAAGUCUGAGAAAGGUGAAAAAACUAGUGACGGAGACAACAAAGACGAACCUCUACUUCUCACAAAUGGCUCUAUGAAUUACCAGGCUACCGGCCAGGUUUUUGGAAAUUUCAUGUAA